GGUCUCUUCUUCACGGCAACUCAAUCCAUCUAAAACUCAAUACACGUUCAUCAAUGGCUUCAGUUUUUUCUCCUUUCCUGUCAGUUUGCCUAUCUCUUCUCCUACCUCUUGUUGUUGCUCAAAGUACUGAAAGCAAUAUCCGGGUCGGCACCACCAUCGCAGCGAUUGACAGUGCAAAACCUUGGAUUUCACCUUCCAAUGAGUUUGCCUUCGGAUUUUACCAACUUGAAAAUAAAGAACUUUUCCUACUUGCCAUAUGGUAUUAUAAAAUACCAAGCCGCACCAUAGUUUGGUAUGCAAAUGGAGAUAACCCUGUUCCAAGAAGAUCCAAGGUGGAGUUAACCUCUGAUCGCGGACUAGUUCUCAGUGAUCCUAAUGAUCAAGUGAUAUGGAAAUCAGAUUUUGCCACCGGUGAAGUUGCCUAUGCUGGAAUGAAUGAUACAGGCAAUUUUGUUGUUUAUGGUACUGUUUCUCAACGACUGUGGGAGAGCUUCGGGAAUCCUACUGAUACACUGUUACCAACUCAGGUAAUGAGCCGAAAAAGUUUGCUUUCUUCUCGGCAUAAAGAGAACAACUUCUCAAAGGGAAGAUUCCAGUUUCGUUUGCUUGAAGAUGGAAAUGCUGUGCUCAAUACCAUAAAUUUGCAAUCCAAUUUUGCUUAUGUUGCAUAUUACAUUAGUGGCACUCGUGAUGCAGAAAAUUCAUCGAAUUCUGGUUACCAAGUGAAGGUUGAUCAAGAUGGUUCCUUUUACAUAUUGAGAAACAACAAUCAGAGAUAUUUACUAAGCUUAGAAGAUUUAGAUCCCUCUGCAGACUAUUAUUACAGAGUAACUCUCAAUUUUGAUGGUGUUUUGACCCUAUCUAAUUAUCCGAAGAAUUUCACUGGCAUCUCUGAAAAUUGGACUGUCGUUAAGACCAUUCCAGAUAAUAUCUGCACGACUGAUUUUCAAGAUAUGGGAAGUGGAACUUGUGGCUUCAAUAGUAUCUGUACACUCAAAGCCGACAAAAGGCCAACAUGCAAAUGCCCCCCAAGGUAUUCUUUAUCUGAUGCAAAUGACGAGUAUGGCAACUGCCAAGCAGAUUUCAUGCAGGGUUGUGAAGCAGAUGCCCAUAAUUAUACAGAAGAUUUAUACGAUUUAGUGGAAAUGCAAAAUACAGAUUGGCCAACUUCCGAUUAUGAGUUGAUUGCCCCUUGCAGUUCUUUAAAAGACUGCAAAACUUAUUGUUUGCAGGAUUGUCUUUGUAUUGUGGCGGUAUUCAAUGAGAACGGCUGUUGGAAGAAGUCACUACCACUUCCAUACGGGAGACAGGACAGACAAGUGAAUUCCAUCUCCAUCCUCAAAGUAAGAAAACCUGAAUUUGCCUUCAAAAACCCUCCAAUGCCAUUCUCAUACGUAAAAAAGAACAAAAAUUCAUUGAUAAUUCUGAUUUCAGUGCUCUUAGGUAGCUCUGUGUUUGUCAAUUUAGCAUUGGUUGGGAUAUUAUGUAUGGGAUCAUUUUUGUUGUAUCACAAAAAGAUUACUAGAAAUCACAUAAACGAAAAUGGCAUACAAAGCAGUUUAAGGUAUUUUAGAUAUGAGGAGCUCGAAGAAGCUACAGAUGGUUUCAAGGAGGAGCUGGGAAGGGGAUCAUUUGGCAUCGUUUAUAAAGGGGUAAUAAAAACGGAUUCUCAAGAUCCAAUUGGUGUUGCAGUUAAGAAACUAGACAGGGUGGUUCAAGACAAAGACAAUGAAUUCAGAACUGAAGUGCGUGCGAUUGCUCAAAAACAUCAUAAGAAUCUGGUCAAGUUGCUUGGAUACUGUGAUGAGGGUCAACAUCGAAUGCUGGUAUACGAGUGCUUAAGCAAUGGGACGUUAGCUAGCUUUCUCUUUGGGGAUCUAAAACCCAGCUGGAGCCGAAGGACACAAAUUGCGUUGGAAAUUGCAAGAGGACUGUUUUACUUGCAUGAGGAAUGCAGCCCCCAAAUAAUCCAUUGUGAUAUAAAGCCUCAAAACAUACUUCUUGAUGACUACUAUGUAGCUCGGAUCUCUGACUUUGGGCUGUCAAAGCUUUUAGGGAUCAAUCAAUCCUAUACUAAUACUGCUAUCAGAGGCACAAAAGGGUAUGUAGCACCCGAAUGGUUCAAGACUGUGCCUGUAACUGUGAAGGUUGAUGUGUAUAGCUUUGGUGUCUUACUGCUAGAAAUCAUCUGUUGUAGAAGAAAUGUAGCAAUGGAUAAUGAUGCAGUACAGAAAGCAAUUUUGACAGAUUGGGCUUGUGAUUGCUUUUUGGAAGGCACUUUAGAUGCUCUUGUUGACAAUGAUGCAGAGGCCUUAAGUAACAAGAUGAAGCUGGAGAGGUUUGUUAUGGUCGCGAUAUGGUGCAUUCAGGAAGACUUCUCUCUCAGACCCACCAUAAAGGAAGUUAUACUGAUGCUUGAGGGAAUAAUUCAGGUUCCUGCUCCACCUUGUCCAUGUCCACUAAUUAAUUAAGUCCAUUGAAUAAAUAAAUAAAAAAAACAACUUCAAUGUUUCUAGCUGUACUGUUUUGCUGCUAUUGGUUGCACUUUUCUAUUUGCAAUAUUUUGCAAAAAACUCAGAUACUGCAGCCGAGCAUAUGUAGUUUAUUAAGUGGUGAUCAUACUAAUUAUGCCUGGCAUGAUAACACAAUAAAAAUGUCCCAGGUUUUGGAUGCAUGCUACCUGAAUACUUAACACCAUUACUUUAAGAAGUUAGUAAAAUUAUCAAAAAACAAAAAGAAUGUUAGUGAAAUUCCUUUUUCCUCUUUUAUCAAUGAGCUAGGUUUCUCCGUUUAAAACCUGAUCUAUUUCUAACUAUCUCACUGCACAAGCAAGCAACAGUGUUAGCCGAUAAGCUUUCGAUGAAAAUGACAAUGAGCAAAGCAAGCACUAAUGAAUAAGAUUGGGUCCAGUUCACCAGUUUCAUUCACCAAAAGAUUUUCAGAGUUUUGAAAGGUAAAAUCAGAAAUAAAACACGGCUGUUGGAA